CAUCAUUUGCGUUGAAUAACUAAGUUGCUGCAGAUCGAGCUUAGCGCUGAGCCACUUGCUAUGUGUUGAAUGCCUUCUACUUUCCUAUUCGAGCUUUACAAUGUAUGGAUGACUUACCAGUUCUCAAGAGCAUAUAAGUAGUUCACUAUUAUGAAGUGUGGCGCUUUUACUUCUGGUUAUCAUCAAUUGCUUCCACACGCUAGAUAACGCAGCUAGUUAAGACAUUGUGAGAAACUCUGCACAGGAUCUGAAGAAUGUCCGUAACAGCUGCCAUUAAGCCACCGUGCAGCCAGACACCCUUGCUCCUGGACCCAUCUGCUUCUCCUUCUUUGGCUUGGACUCUUCCUAUCUACCCCCCUCCCAGCUCAGUUACCGUAAAUCAAUUCCCAACCCGUCUUCACGACGGACCAACAAGCCAGCCUUCUCAACCGACAACCCUAGCUCGCAGCUGUGGGGAUGCAGCACAUCAAAGCCUUGGCAUCGGCUUUCGCGGCGGUGCCGACGCCAGUGACUUGGAGUCCCCAACUCCUAAACGUGAAUCAUUAUUCGGCAGUUAUCAGUCCGACCCGGGCUACCUAGCCCAGCCUCGCCUGCUGGGGACCUUGGAGGGCCCUGCAGCUUUGCAUGCAACGCAGUGCCGUGACCGCCAGCACUGCUGCGGUCCCCAACACGUCAGCAGCAACCAGGAGCGCUGGCGUGUCGGGGCCGCUGGGGGUCCCGUUGCCCUGCCGGACGCAGACGUCCCCAGGCAGCUCACGCACCAACAUGCAUCCACAUCCGCCAUGGAUGUACGACAGCCGGCCAGCACCGCCUGGCUGCUGGGAGGGCCGCAGGGCUGCUGGGCGGCUGCAGGGGAUGCAGGCGGUGCAGCUGUCGUACAGCUGCCAGGCAUUUCCACUGAUGGGGCGGCACUGGCAGGUGCUCCGGGCUCUGCAGCAACACCCUUGCCGCCACGAGCGCUUCCACGGCCGCCACCGCAGGAGCCGCCACUUGAGCCCUGGAGGCUGCAGGCGCGGGUGGGGAACCCCAACAGCAGGUGCAGCAGCGCUGGAGGGGGCAGCGGCGGCAGUGGCAGCAGCAGUGCCUGCAGCAGCCGCAGCAGCGGGGGUGGCGGCAAGGGUGUUGUUGCGGCUGCGGCCGUCGGGACGUCAUUUGGGGGCGGUGGGGUGCGGACUGCGUCGCAGAUCACAUACCAGAUCACGGCAGCUCAGAGGCACCGGGCUGCCUCCCUCAUCCAGGCCACCUGGCGCGCCUCCCGAGUUCGCCG